AUGGCAGCCAAUUUUAAAUUUUCCGAAUCUCCUCACGAUUCGCAUUUGUGGAAACGCUCCGGUCAAAGAGCUUACCUGGAAAGCGGUUGGUGUGGACGUGAAAGCAAUGUUUGGCUGCUCCAUAAAAAAUCUACACAACAAGCAAUGCUCCUUUCGCCGUUGAAAACUAUAAAUAAAUUUUUUGAGCCAACGGAAAUGAAUGCAGAUUCGUUCUUUGCCAGAUGGAAAAAUCUAAGUGGCGAUCAACAAAGGGCUCAGAAAGUAUUCAAAGCUCAACAGCCUUUAGAUUUACCCGGUGCACGUAAUAAGCUAACGGGCUUUGGUAUGCAAUUAUUAGAUAAUGUAGAUCCUAAUCCAGAUAAUAUGGUAUGUGCCGGCAUUAUACACACUCAAACGCAACAAGUAGGCUGUCUAUUACGAUUAGAACCCAACAAGCAAGCACAGAUGUUCCGUUUAACAAUAAGGGCCAGCAAGGAGAGUGUUACACGACAGAUAUGUGAAUUACUUACAGACCAAUUUUAA